UGGCUGAAGGAGGAAAGGUAGCCCGCAGAGACCUCUCCUCUCCUUUCCUUUCUGUUUUCAGUCCACAGUCAGUGGAAGGAGCGAGCACGCAGUCACAGUCACGCAUACGUACCCCCUCCCCACUCUCGCAGGCACAUUGACAAGCGCGAACGCUCGCACACAACGUGGAAUUUGGGGGGGGACAGCAGCGAGUCACCGGCGUGGUGGUAGGGGUGGGGGGGACUUAAACCGGAGCAUGCGUCCGGCACCGGGUCGUCGAUCCACAAGUGAGCUUCUCAAGUGUGCAGCUGUCGGACAGAGAUUUUUAACGCUAACGGUCCUCUCUGGCGGAGCUCCGCAAAAACUGUUUGGAUUAAUUAACGGCACCACACUUUUCGGGGGCUGUUAAGUUUUUUUUUGUUUGUUUUUUAAUUCAUCAUCUGUGUGCACAAAGAAACAAACGAGCAGUCAGCCUCACGGGGAGUGCCAUUUGGACUCCUCCGUCAUGGACGCUAAUCGAGACGCCCGGAGAGAAGCGAGGAGGUCGCCGCCGGAGAUGUUCACCCUGCCGGCGUUGCUGCCCUUUCUGCUCCUCGCUACGGUCCGCACCGGCUUGGCUCAAGUGGACGACGAUUUCAUCGGUCUCAGCGAGCUGCCGGAAACCUUCCCCUCGGACCCGCCAGAACCGCUGCCCGUGUUCCUGAUGGAGCCGGAGGAGGCCUACAUCGUCAAGAACAAGCCCGUCAACCUGUACUGUAAGGCCACGCCCGCCACGCAGAUCUACUUCAAGUGCAACAGCGAAUGGGUGCACCAGAAGGAGCACACGGUGGAGGAGCGUGUGGAUGAGAACUCUGGGCUGGUGGUGAGAGAAGCCAGCAUCGAGAUCACUCGCCAGCAGGUAGAGGAGCUCUUUGGACCCGAGGACUUCUGGUGCCAGUGUGUGGCCUGGAGCUCGGCAGGGACCACCAAGAGCCGCAAAGCUCACGUCCGCAUCGCUUAUCUGCGGAAGACUUUUGACCAAGAACCGCUCGGGAAGGAAGUGUCACUGGAACAGGAAGUGUUGCUUCAAUGCCGCCCACCCGAAGGCAUCCCGAUGGCUGAGGUGGAGUGGCUGAAAAACGAGGAGGUGAUUGACCCUGCCGAUGACAGGAACUUCUACAUCACCAUCGACCACAAUCUGAUCAUCAAACAGGCGCGCCUCUCUGACACGGCCAACUACACGUGCGUGGCCAAGAACAUCGUGGCCAAGCGACGCAGUACCACUGCCACGGUCAUCGUCUACGUAAAUGGUGGCUGGUCAACAUGGACCGAGUGGUCGGUGUGCAACAGCCGCUGUGGGCGGGGCUACCAGAAACGCACACGCAGCUGCACCAAUCCUGCGCCACUCAACGGCGGCGCCAUCUGCGACGGACAAGGCAUCCAGAAGCUGCCGUGCAAUCCUCUCUGUCCAGUGGAUGGCCUGUGGACAGAGUGGACUAAGUGGUCCACCUGUGGGACCGAGUGCACCCACUGGAGGAGGAGGGAAUGCGGCGCGCCGGCACCCAAAAAUGGGGGCAAGGACUGUGAGGGCAUGGUACUGCAGUCCAAGAACUGCACGGAUGGCCUGUGCAUGCAGAGUUCCUUAUAUCAGAAGUCAGCUGAGGCUAAAGGGAAGCUUGAUUUGGGAAAUACAUUGGCCCCCAGCACGGACGACGUGGCGCUCUACGUGGGCAUCGUCAUCGCCGUGAUCAUGUGCCUGAUCAUCUCCGUGGUGGUGGCGCUCUUCAUCUACCGGAAGAACCACCGCGACUUCGACUCGGACAUUUUGGACUCCUCCGCCCUCAACGGAGGCUUCCAGCCCGUCAGCAUCAAGACGACGCGUAAAGCCGAUCUUCUUACGGCACCCCCUGACCUGACCUCGGCGGCCGCCAUGUACCGAGGCCCCGUCUACGCCCUGCACGACGUGGCCGACAAAAUCCCCAUGACCAACUCGCCCCUGCUGGACCCUCUGCCCAACCUCAAGAUCAAAGUGUACAAUUCCUCCGGCCUGGUGACGCCGCAGGACGACCUGGGAGGCGAGUUCUCCAAGCUGUCGCCCAAGCCGCCGCACUGCCUGCUGGACAGCGGCGAAGGCACGAUCGGGCGGCGCACGCAAACGCUGCUGCGAUCCAGGGACCCUUCCUGUACUGCGGUGGGAUCCUUCAGCUCGCAAGGGGGCCACCUCAUUGUCCCAAAUUCAGGUGUGAGUCUUCUCAUCCCGGCAGGAGCCAUCCCACAGGGUCGAGUGUAUGAAAUGUACGUGACCGUCCAGAGGAAAGAAACCUUGAGGCCCUCAGUGGAAGACGGGCAAGCGGUUUUGAGCCCCGUGGUGAGCUGCGGCCCUCCGGGAGCCCUUUUGACGCGGCCCCUGGUACUCACCAUGCACCAUUGCGCCGUCUCGGACGGCCAACAGGACUGGUUGAUCCAGCUCAAGAGCCAAUCGCCGCAGAGCAUUUGGGAGGACGUGGUGGUGGUGGGCGAGGAGAACUUCACCACGCCGUGCUACAUCCAGAUGGACGACGAGGCGUGCCACAUCCUUACCGAGACUCUUGGCACGUACUGCCUGGUGGGCCAAUCGCUCAGCGCGGCCACCAACAAACGCCUCAAGCUGGCCAUCUUCGGGCCGCUCACGUGCGCCGCCGCCGAGUACCACAUUCGUGUCUACUGCCUGGACGACACGCAGGACGCGCUCAAGGAAGUCCUCCAAAUGGAGAAACAAAUGGGCGGGAAGUUGCUCGACGAACCAAAGACGCUCAACUUCAGCGACAGCACACACAACCUGAGACUUUCAAUCCAUGACGUCCCUCACACACUGUGGAAGAGCAAGCUGCUGGCCAAGUAUCAGGAGCUCUGUUUCCAGCAAGUGUGGGACGGCUCCCAGAGGAACCUCCACUGCUGCUUCACUCUGGAGCGCUUCUCCACCGCCACUGUGGACCUUACCUGCAAGAUUUGCGUGCGGCAAGUGGAGGGGGAAGGUCAGAUCUUUCAGCUGGACACCACAUUAUCAGAGGAUUCGCAAAGCAUCGACACGUCACUGCUGGACCCGGCCAGCAACAUAACCACGCUGGUGGGACCCAACGCCUUUCGCAUCCCCGUCUCCAUCCGCCAGAAGCUGUGCGGCAGCCUGGAUGCGCCGCAGACCCGCGGCAACGACUGGAGGAUGCUGGCCCACAAACUCAACCUCGACAGGUACCUGAACUACUUUGCUACCAAGUCCAGCCCAACGGGGGUCAUCCUGGACCUGUGGGAGGCGCAGCACUUCCCCGACGGCAACCUGAGCCGCCUGGCCCAAGUCCUGGAAGAAAUGGGCCGCCACGACAGCCUCCUGCCCGCCGCCAAUGAGCACUGACAUCAUAUCGGAAACAACACCGCCGCCACCGCUCCUCCGCACACCUUUGUCGUAUUCAUGGACCCCGUCACCAUGGAAACAGCCUCGGGUUAUUCACGAGAAACAAUCCCAAGAUGGAUGUUGAAGAGAAGCGUCUUGGGAGGUCAGGUCUCCACGGCAACCCGGCAAACUGACUCAUGUUCUGUGAUAGUAUAGUAUUUAAUAUGAAUAAUGAUAAUCCCAUUUAUGCUUUUGUUUUUCUAAAUGAGCGCCAAUUCAUUGGUUUUUAAUGAUUACCGUUUGCCGUCUUUCAUCCAACCGUUUGGCUUGAAAAGGUUAAGAACAAGGAUUUUUCCUCAUGAUUAUUUGUACAUUGUGACAAAGGAGACCCAAAAGAGAGGUGGAUGUAGUUCAUGCCCCCCCCCCCAAAAAAAUCUAUUUUUCUAGGAUCAGAUGUAAACAGUACAGUCGAUUUUUGCCAAAUAAUUGACACAAGAUGAGUGAAGUUCACUUGAGGUGGGAAUGCAAUUGAAAUGAAUGAUUGUCACAUCAAUAUCAGUAAUAUUUUUUUUUUGUAAAGCCGUCUAUGCAACCUUUUUUUCCCCUACAUGAAUUACAUGUCCUUAAUGGGGGUGGCCAUUUUUUCUUUCUAAUUUGUUGUACGGCUUUAUGAUGCUAACGUGUGCGAUUUGUAAGUGAGGAUCCUCAACAGACGCUCCAGUCUCAACGUAAUUGUAUAAAGUGUAAGAAAUGUGAUUUUUAAAACUAAUAAAUUAUAUUUAUAUGCAACACUGACGACAAAAGACAGUGUGGCAUUUUAUUGU